UCCCGCCUCCUUUGGACGACGCCGAGCCGCGGCGACAGCGGGGCUUCAUUCAGCACCUGAGAGCUGCGGCCUGCUGGCACCUGACGCUCUCUGCAGGUGAGGAUGGCCAAGGUGAAGCAGGUGGGCCUCCUGGCCGCCGGCUGCCAGCCCUGGAACAAAGACGUGUGCGCCGCCAGCGGAGACCGCUUCGCCUACUGCGCUACGUUAGCCAUCUACGUCUACCAGCUGGACCAGCAGUACAACGAGUUCAAGCUGCGCUCCAUCAUGUCGGAGCACAAGAAGACGAUCACGGCCAUCAGCUGGUGUCCAGACAACGCCGACCUGUUCGCCUCCGCCUCCGCCGACAACCUGCUCAUCAUCUGGAACGUGGCGGAGAAGAAGGCCGCCGCCCGGCUGGACAGCACCAAAGGCAUCCCCGUCUCCGUCAGCUGGUGCUGGAACUCACCGGACGGCGUGGCGUUCGUGUCGCAGCGCGGCCCGCUGUACGUCUGGGACUACCGAGGGUCCGACGCCGCGGUCACCGUCCACAAGGAGGCGCACUCCUUCCUGUCGGACAUCUGCCUGUUCCGCUGGCACCCGAGCAAGAAGGGCAAGCUGGUGUUCGGACACACCGACGGCAGCCUGUCCGUCUUCCAGCCCGGCAGUAAAAGCCAGAAGCACGUCCUGCGUCCAGAGGCCCUGGAGGGGACGGACGAGGAGGACCCGGUCAGCGCCCUGGAGUGGGACCCUCUGUCCGUCGACUACCUGCUCGUGUCCAACCUCCACAACGGCGUGCGGCUGGUGGACAGCGAGGGACUGUCCUGCAUCACGUCCUUCUGCUUCCCGUCCGCCGCCGCCUCCGUCCAGUGCCUGGCCUGGGUUCCCUCGGCUCCGGGGAUGUUCAUCACCGGGGACUCGCAGGUCGGCGUGCUGAGGGUUUGGAACGUGUCUCGCUCCACGCCGUUGGACAGCUUCAAGCUGAAGAAGACGGGAUUUCACGCUCUGCAUGUGCUCAGCGCCCCGCUGGCCAAAAGAGCUCAGAGCUCCAGUUCUCCCAGUAAGAGCCAGCACACCAGUUCCACCAGCGAGGCCGUCCCUCCGCCGACCCUGUCCCAGAACCGGGCCUUCUCUCUGCCGCCCGGUCACGCCGUCUGCUGCUUCAUGGACGGCGGCUUCGGACUCUACGACAUGGGGGCCAAGAAGUGGGACUUCCUGAGAGACUUGGGCCACGUGGAAACCAUCUUUGACUGCAAGUUUAAACCCGAUGACCCCAACCUGCUGGCGACGGCCAGUUUUGAUGGAACCAUUAAAAUCUGGGACACCAACACGCUGACGGCCGUUUCUACGUCGCCCGGGAACGAAGGCGUGGUUUACUCUCUGUCCUGGGCUCCAGGAGACCUGAACUGCAUCGCGGGAGCGACGUCUCGUAACGGAGCGUUUAUUUGGGACGUCGGGAAGGGGAAAAUCAUCACCCGCUUUAACGAGCACGGUAAGAACGGGAUUUUCUGCAUAUCGUGGAGCCACAAAGACUCCAAGAGGAUCGCCACCUGCAGCGGAGACGGGUUCUGCAUCAUCAGAACCAUCGACGGCAAAAUCCUGCACAAGUACAAACAUCCUGCCGCCGUGUUCGGCUGCGACUGGAGCCAGAACAACAAGGACAUGAUAGCGACCGGCUGUGAGGACAGGAACGUGCGGGUCUACUACCUGGCCACCAGCUCUGAUCAGCCGCUCAAGGUGUUCACUGGACACCUGGCCAAGGUGUUCCAUGUCCGUUGGUCGCCGCUCAGGGGAAUCCUUUGCUCCGGCUCUGACGACGGAACGGUCCGGAUCUGGGACUACACCCAGGACGCCUGCAUCAACGUUCUAAGUGGACACACGGCGCCGGUCCGAGGCCUGAUGUGGAACACCGAGGUUCCGUACCUGCUCAUCUCAGGAUCCUGGGAUUAUACGAUCAGAGUCUGGGACACCAGGGACGGGACGUGUCUGGACCGUCUUCGACCACACGGAGCCGACGUCUACGGUCUGACGUGUCACCACAGCCGGCCCUUCACCAUGGCGAGCUAGCGGGACAGCACUGUCCGUCUCUGGUCUCUCACGCCACUUGUCUGUCCUCUGCUGCUCAACAUCCUGACGGAGACACCCUGGGCGAUCAUCGGGAAUACAGACGCGGCCAUGGUCCCCGGCUCGCCGCCGCUGCUCUGCGGGAAACUGUCCAGAGACAUCAAGCAGGAGCUGGACAAGCUGAGCGGAGACGGCCGGUCCAGAAAGCUGCGCUGGUUUUCCGAGACUUUCUCUCCUCCAGGGGGCAGCAGCAACUUGUGGGACCUGGUGUUCAUCAUCAACGGCCAGGACGACUCGCUGCUUCCUGCCAGCUACAGCAAAGGCGUGAUGCACAUGAAACACCUGGUAAAGUUUAAAACGUCUGAAGCUCAGGAGCUGACGAUCGUCAAGAUGUCGAAAUUCGGCGGAGGAAUCGGCGCGCCGAGCAAAGAGGAGCGUCUGAAGGAAGCAGCAGAGAUCCCCCUGCUGGGUCAGAUCCAGAGGUACUGCGAGCUCAUGGUGGAGCUGGGUCAGUGGGAGAAAGCCUUGGCGGUGGCGCCCGGAGUCUCCAUGAAGUACUGGAAGAAACUCAUGCAGAGACGAGCCGAUCAGCUGAUGGCCGACGAUAACGAUGACGCCAUCCCGUACUGCAUCGCCACCGGCGACAUUAAGAAGCUCGUAUCGUUCUUCACCAGCAGGGGGCAGCUGCUGGAGGCCCUGCUGAUCGUACAGGGAGCGUGUGAAGGGAACAUCCGUUCCCCGCAGAGUUCAUCCAUCAACCACACAACCAACGACGUGGAAAACAGGCAGCAGUACCAGAGCCUCCUUCAUCAUGUCUGUAAGGAACUGGCUGAGUGGUACUUCCAAGAUGGCCGCUCCGUCCUGGCCGCAUGCUGCCACCUGGCGGUCGACAACAUCCAGUCGGCCAUGGCCAGCCUGAUCCGGGGAAACGAGUUGGAGCUGGCUGCGUGCGUGGGACUGGUCCUGGGAGAAGCAGCCAAUCAGAGCACGGCUUACUGCCUGGAGCUGUUGGCCAGGAAGUACAUGACGGCGCCAACAUGGUAGACACGCAGGCUGCUUCUAUGUGAGGAGUUCUGUGUUUGCUGCUGGUCAGUCAGGAUGUCUGUUGUUCUCAGGGAGCUCUCCGCCGACCUGCUGCUGAUGAUCCCUGAUAAUCACGUCUUACUGGCCAAGCUGUGCGCCUUCCACCCAGGAAGUGCUGCAGAGAUCGACCGGCUGCACCAGCGGUGCGGCCUGCCCUCCCUGGAUGAGUGCUCGGAUCUGGCAGUAGCUGCGGCGGCCGACGGCGAUCUGUUCUCCGCCGUGAAGUUCCACCUGCUGAGCUCUGAGCCUGAACUCGCCCUGCAGAUGGGCCUCGGCUUCCUGAAAGAGCAGCUGGCCGGAUCUGAUUGGACGGUGGACGGCGUUCAGCCAAUCCUGGACCUGCUGAGCUACAUCCGGACCGACCGCCUCGUCCUGCCCAGGCUCACCCAAGAGCGCAGUGAGCUGCUGAUCCUGUGCGGUUACAUCGGAGGCCUGCUGGCCAUCAGACGGAGCUACUGCAGCAUCGUUCCUGCUCUCUAUGAAUUCACCAGCCAGCUGCUGAAGCGGCGGGACGUCGGCGUUCCUCUGCAGAUCCAGCAGCUGUCGGCGGAGCUGGAGGCGUGGCGCGCCGCGACGCAGCCGGCAGGUCGGCCAUCGGCUCCUCCAUCAGAGAGUCAGAGGGAAGAGUUCAGCCGCCUGCAGAGGAAGAUCCAGCCUACAGAACCAGGCGCGCUGGUUCUGGUCGGACCCGACUACAUGACGGGCUCCAACCUGCCGAGCCAUUCGGACCUCCACCUGUCCUGCUUCACCGGACACAGGAUCCAGGGUCCGGUGUUCCUACUGGAGGACAACAAGUCGGCCAUUUCUCUGAACGACGCUCUGAGGGCCAAGGUCAACCCGUUCUCGCCGCUCGGAACCGGGCUGCGGAUCAACCCGUUCUGACCUCAACCGGACCGGAACCAGUACCGGGCUGAACAGAACUCUGACUGAUCAAGUCACAGUAUGAAGAAAGUUACAGAUUCAGAACCAGAACCUCCUACUGCUUCUGUUCCGGUUCUGACGGUUCUGCCCGUCCCGGUUCUGUCCCAGAAGCCUCGUCCUGCAUCCAGCUGCAGCUCUGCUGCCGGCUGCCAUCUUGUUUCUGGGGAGAAGAGGCUUCCAGGGUCGUGACCUUUGACCUGCUCAAGGUGAAGCUCCGGGGUUUCUGGUUGUUUCUCUGAACCUUCCGGGAUAACCUCUGACCCCUCCCAGGCUGAAGGGUCAGAGGUCAUCAGUGACUGAGGCCUCUCCAGCGUAGCGUUGUGUGGAAACAUCCAGGAUGCUGCCGAGCGUUUCCUGUUUCGGUUGUACAAAAAUAAAUCUGGUUAUUCGCCUGGAAAACCUGGAACAGAGGGAAGAGCGCAGACCGACGGCAGCCUGGAAAACCUGGAACAGAGGGAAGAGCGCAGACCGACGGCAGCCUGGAAAACCUGGAACAGAGGGAAGAGCGCAGACCGACGGCAGCCUGGAAAACCUGGAACAGAGGGAAGAGCGCAGACCGACGGCAGCCUGGAAAACCUGGAACAGAGGGAAGAGCGCAGACCGACGGCAGCCUGGAAAACCUGGAAUAGAGGGAAGAGCGCAGACCGACGGCAGCCUGGUUCACAUGUUAUGUAAGAGAAUCAGAAACAGGAACUUUACCAGGUGUGCUGAUGUUCAGCAGCAGGAAGGUCCUGGUUUGAGUAUUAAAGCGACUAAUCAGAGGAAAACGAAAACAGCUGAAUCAUCGAUCAAAUAAAACUGAAUUUAUUUUUA